AUGGGUAAUUGUCUCCCCUUCAUGUACAUUCGACGAUCUUCCGAGGACACAGAACAGUUAGAAGAACGUAACCAGCGGCAUUCAACGAGCAGUUCAGUCCAAUCUCAUCCACAACAGCCCAGUCAACCGUCAAGAAGGUCACGAUCUCAUACUGUAAGGUUUUUUCAUUUUGUUUUUGCGAUUUUUAGGGGAAAGAUAGAAGAUAGAGGUGUGAAAUGGACUUGUGGUGGUUGUGGAGUAAAAAAAUUUGUCCGGAUUAAAGGUUGUUUAGCCGAAUUAGAUAUUUUUGACCUUAUUUUAUGCAGUUUUUGAAAAAUUUUGAUAAAACGUCACAAUUUUUGUUGUCUAAAUGAUCAAGUAUAUAAAAUGUAGUCUAUAAUCAGCUUAUUUGUAUUACAGUUGUCUUGGUUUCCAAUACUUUGGAGCAUUUUUUGUCUAGUACAAUAUAAUUUUUGCAGAGCUCCUAUGUGAACCAAUUGUACGCUUCGUCCAACGCCUACAUGGAGGAGGGAGAACAGCAGGCAAUUGACGAGAAGAGAAAGGCCAGAGUUCGCGGAAUAUUAGCUUCAAUUCCCAUAUCCAAGUAUCAGUCAGGGCAGUCGAUCAAUGAUGAGUGAGUUUUUUUGAUUAUUAUUGGCUUUUUGCUUUUAGAAACAAGUCUCAAUGUGCUAGAAAGGGAAUCAGUUUCUUUUCGACCGAUAAUUUGGGGGUAUCGAAACAAAAUUUGAAAAAAUAUAUAUUACUUUAGGCGAAUUUGAUUAAUUUUGUGGGAUUUGCUGUGAAAAUGAGCAAAUUAUACGUUGAAUAAGAUUUUUUAUGGCGGAAAACUUAUGAUAGACAAAGAAUAUUGGAUUGGAAAUUGGAAUUUGACUUGUUUUUGCCAAAAAUUUACCUUAUUUUAGGUAUGUAUUUGAAAAAAAAAUUUUUUGACGGUUCUUAUAAAGACUGAUAAAAUACGAGUCUAAGGAUGGAAUUUUUACAAAAAAAAAUUUGAAAUUAAAAAAAAUGUAUUUCAGAUGUGCAAUAUGUAUGUUGGACUUCGAACCCAACGAAUCCCUCCGCUAUCUCCCCUGCAAACACGGCUACCACGUUGAUUGCAUUGAUGACUGGCUUCUCCGCUCGUUCACUUGUCCCUCUUGCAUGGAACCCGUGGAUUCGGCGCUACUUUCCGUGUUCACGGCCAGCUCGGGGAUCGUCGACUUGGCCUCGAUUCCGAACAAGGCCACAUCUUCAAGAUCUUGA